AUGGAGAACAUAUCGCGCUUCUUUGAAGCUUGUGAAAGGGGUAAAAUAAACGAGGCCAAAGAUCUGCUCGGACAGCUUGAACUGUCAAGCUUAAUCGAAGAGAAGACUCAAGAUGGAAGAACAUGUUUACAUGUGGCAGUAAUUUCAGGAAACCGAGGUUUAAUCAACAAAAUAAAAAAGACGGAUGAACAAGGAGACACGGCUUUGCAUUUAGCUGUAAGGGAAGAUGCCGUGGAUCUGGUCAAAAUUUUGGUAGAAUUGGAUGACAAUUUGUUUGAUUGUGCAAAUAAAGAAGGCCAAACUCCACUAAAAUUGGCUGUCAGUUUGGGAUUCAAAGAAGGCGUAGAGAUUUUGGUAAGUCACACAACAAACGCCCUGCACUACAUUGUGGAGCUUAACCAAGUCAAGCUUGUUGAAUAUUUAAUUAGGAAAAAGGUAUUGUCAGAACUUAUCAAUCAGCCUUUUCAGCCUGCCCCAAAUCCUCCCGGUAAAGAAAAUUGUGCUACAAAUGCAUCCAAUAAUGAAGGUAAUUGUGCUACUAAUUCCCACCAUGUCCAGCCAAUUGAUGGAGGAGAGCACCAUCCCGAGGGGAAAACUCCCUCAAAUACCGAGGAUGACCAGCCAAUUGUUCGACCAGGGGACACACCUUUGCACAUUGCAGCAAGGAACAAAUAUGGGCACAUGGUUGAUUUGUUGCUGAAAGUGGAUGACGUGAAGAAGUUUGCCCGGAACAGUGAGGGCAAGACACCAUGUGAGAUUGCAAGAGAAGUCACAGAGUACCACGAAUCUUUCAGGAUUAUAAGAAAGCUGGGAGAUUUUAGAAGCAAGACUAAGCGAUUCAUGUACUGUGCACCACAGGUGAGCCAUAAAAAGUACAUGAAAGCCAGGUCAAUGGUAAACAAGGCCUACGAAGAGAGACGCAAUGCAGAACUAGUGGUGGCAGCGUUGUUGGCUGCCAUGACAUGUGCCGCUGCCUUCACCGUCCCAGGUGGUUUCAAUUCGGAGAGUCCUGUAAAAGAGGAUCAAGGGAGCCAAGGGAGUUCUAUUCCUAGCCUUAAUCAUGUACACGAUGAUCAAGGGAGCCCUCUUCUUAUAUCCCAUGUUUCGUUUAAGCUCUUCAUUAUUUUUGACUGCAUAGCUUUCUUUCUAUCCCUCUUCGUUUGUAUAAUGUGGGAAAUGAGCUCAGAGCUUACCACAGGGGACAAGAUGAUGUUCAUGACUGUCAACAGUUUAGUGGUUUGCUUUAGCUUUGGAUUCACCGCUUUUGGGUUUAUGUCUGGAGUGCAUGCCAUGCUGGCCCGUAAGGUUGAGACCUUCUCUUGGGUUGUUUUGGGAAGUCUCAUUGCCAUUACAAUGUGUGGUGUCCUUGCAUUUAUCCGUCAGUCG